AUGGCUAUCGUCUUGAACAAAAGGAACAUUAGGGUCGUUGGGAUUACCGCUGCUUUGCUAUGUCUGGUUUUCUUUAUUAUUCAAAGUGCGAACAACUCCGCAUUUACCACCGAAUCACCCUCAAAGCAGUCCAAUAAACCUGCAUUAAAUUCUCUGGUUGGGGCCCAUGGUGACGAUUUAAAUAUUCCAGCUACUCAUAAUGUCCUUCAAGAUAACGUGGAAUCUGCACCCACCGUAGAGACAGAGAGUGAAUCCAACAACAACAUGGAAUUGGACGAAUCAGCAGACUCCGCACAAGAGAAAGAUGCUUCUACAACUGCCCCUGAUUUUGACGUGGCCAAGGAAUACGCAGCUAUUUUGGCAAAGGGUCCAAUGGUCAUUUUUAGUAAAAGUACUUGUCCAUAUAGUAGUAAAUUGAAGAAACUAUUACGCACCAAUUUCCAAUUUUCUCCUGAACCAGUUAUUGUUGAGCUAGAUAAGCACGAACAUGGGGAUGUACUACAGGGAUAUAUUAAGGAAGAAACUGGAAGGGGUACCGUUCCUAACUUAAUUGUUGGUGGACUAAGCAGAGGUGGUUCUGACGAUAUUCAAAAACUUUUCGAUGAGGGGACCCUAUUGAAAGAGCUCAAGACUUGGGGCUUUGGAGAUCUUGAAGUUACUCAAACUACACCAGAUGCUGUAGAUGCUUGA